AUGGCUGCGCUGGUGGAGCCGCUGGGGCUGGAGCGGGACGUGUCCCGGGCGGUGGAGCUCCUCGAGCGGCUGCAGCGCAGCGGGGAGCUGCCCCCGCAGAAGCUGCAGGCCCUCCAGCGCGUCCUGCAGAGCCGCUUCUGCUCCGCCAUCCGCGAGGUGUACGAGCAGCUCUAUGAUACGCUGGACAUCACCGGCAGCGCCGAGAUCCGGGCCCACGCCACAGCCAAGGCCACCGUAGCUGCCUUCACCGCCAGCGAGGGCCAUGCACACCCCAGGGUGGUGGAGCUGCCCAAGACGGAGGAGGGCCUGGGCUUCAACAUCAUGGGGGGCAAGGAACAGAACUCGCCCAUCUACAUCUCCCGCGUCAUCCCUGGGGGCGUGGCCGACCGCCACGGAGGCCUCAAGCGUGGGGACCAGCUGUUGUCGGUGAAUGGUGUGAGCGUGGAGGGGGAGCAGCACGAGAAGGCGGUGGAGCUGCUGAAGGCGGCCCAGGGCUCGGUGAAGCUGGUGGUGCGCUACACGCCCCGCGUGCUGGAGGAGAUGGAGGCCCGCUUCGAGAAGAUGCGCUCCGCCCGCCGGCGCCAGCAGCACCAGAGCUACUCGUCCUUGGAGUCCUGA